CCAUUAUCUCAUCAAAUGCAAGAUCCAGCCAAUUCGAAGCCGAUGAUGAUGAGCCAACCGCCGGCGUUUCCAUCCGCAUUGAGGCCAUCUCACCACCGGAGGGCUCACUCGGAGGUGAACUUCCGGCUGCCGGAGGAUCUGGAUCUGGCGUCGGACCCCUUCGAUGCGGCGCCGGCCGGGAGCUUCGAGGAGAUGGGAUCCGAGGACGAUCUCUUCUCCACCUACAUGGACAUCGAGAAGCUCGGCGGCGGCGGCGGACCCGACAGUGUAGCGACGGAUAGCGGCGGCGAUGGAGAGAAGAGCCUCGGCCGGCCGCGCCACCGCUAUAGCAACUCGGUGGAUAGCUCCAGCUUGCUGCUUAGCGAGAGCACGAUUGAAGCUAAGAAAGCUAUGGCGCCUGAUAAACUUGCGGAGCUUUGGACCAUUGAUCCCAAGCGAGCUAAAAGAAUUCUGGCAAAUCGCCAAUCAGCUGCUCGAUCGAAAGAGAGGAAGGCGCGCUACAUAUCAGAACUCGAGAGAAAAGUGCAGACCCUUCAGACAGAAGCAACCACACUUUCCGCACAGCUUACCCUGUUCCAGAGGGAUACGACAGGGCUUAGUAACGAAAAUACUGAGCUUAAACUUCGUUUGCAAGCCAUGGAACAACAAGCUCAAUUGCGUGAUGCUUUGAAUGAAGCGCUAAAGAACGAAGUUGAGAGACUCAGAAUCGCUACCGGCGAAAUAGCAGCCCCUUCUGAUGCUUACAGCUUGGGAAUGCAACAUAUUCCUUAUAAUCAAUCAGCCUUCUUCUCACAUCAGCCACCGUCGGGGCCAAGUGACUCCCAAAAUAUUCAGAUCCCGCAGUUUCAUGCACUCCAGCCAAGCACUUCUACUCCACAUCACCCCAUGCUUGCAGACACAGUGCAGCAGGAUCCUCUGGGUCGCUUUCAGGGUCUCGAUAUCAGUAGCAGAGGCUCUCAUAUUGUGAAGAGCGAAGCCCCUUCCAUAUCACCAAGUGAAAGCAGCAGUAGUACAUUCUGCUCUUGAGUUGCUCUCUUGAGCGACGCUCCCAACCCUAUUUAUCAAAUUGUUCAUAGACUGACACCGUUUUUAACAUCACUAUUCUUCAAAUUUUUUUGUUUGGAACUUGUUUUUUUUUUUUAAUGUUUCCAUUCAAUUUGAGGAGUCCUAGGUUCUCAGUAGUUCCAACAAUGUCUGGACAUUGUUUCCUGUUGUGCCAUUAGUCUUUCUCUUUUCUCAACUCCAAUCCAUUUCCAUUAUUUCAUUAAUUCAAGUCUAGCAAGAAGGUUCCCAGACUACCAUUCAUCCCAUGGCUACUCCUAAAGGUGAGGUGAGGAAAGCGAAGUUGAUUUCUUGGAUUGAUCCCAACCCAGCAUGUUCUCGAGUUAAUGCAUGGAUAUUGGCAAUUUUUGGGUGCUGAAUACCAUUGUGUGGCUGGCUGCUGGUCUGUUUGAUCAAAAUGGGUUUUGUGGAAAGCUUCUCUGAGAGGUUGUUUCUUCUACCUUAUUUGAGUUAUUUAUUUCUGGUCUGUCUUUGUCUCUGUGUGGACAGUGGAGUUCUUUUUACACUGAAAAUGGCAGAUAACUGCCUGGUUUCUUCUAAGCAUUUGCUGAUGAGUCUUCUUCUUCUGCUGCUGUGAUCCACAAGAAACUUUUGGAGAUAGAAAUAAACAGACAUCGUGUCUUCACAUGCACUGCACGUUCCAAUCUCAUUUAUUCAUGAAAGACACCCCCUCUGAGACCAUACAACCAUCUUUCUUAGUCAAGUAUCUGCAACAAAAUUCUUUGGGUUCAUGUGAUGUGUACAUUGAUUGUUGUGUUAUUGUGUAUGUUUAUGUCAGAAGGUAUCAUAUUAUUGUAUUGUGUUUAAGGCGGGCUUCACUCAAAGUGCAUGUUUUGCAUAAUGGUUGUGAAUUUUUCGUAAAUCAAGGUGAAUUGUAUUGUUAUAAUGAAAAAAAUGGAAAAACCCUGACUAAAUGAUAAAAU